ACGAGGAUGGAGUGACCGGCGCGGCCCUGGCCACGCAGACACGGCUCGACUUUCCUUGCCCGCUCGCGCAGCGGAGCAGAGCCCCGCACGGCCGCUCCCGGAAAGGGCGCGCGGCGCGGGAAGUCGUGAUGGACCGCUGCGGCCCGGCUUGCAGCCCCCUGAUCGCCAGCAGCGAACCCGCGCCCCCGGCCUCCGCCACCCGCGACUCGAGCCCGGGGAGGACCGGGCCAGGGCCGGCGGGCCCGGGCGGCGGGGCGCGCUCCGGGGGAGGGCGGCCGGCGGCAGCGAACGCGGCGCGGGAGCGCAGCCGAGUGCAGACUCUGCGGCACGCCUUCCUGGAGCUGCAGCGCACGCUGCCGUCCGUGCCACCCGACACCAAGCUGUCCAAGCUGGACGUGCUGCUGCUGGCCACCACCUACAUCGCGCAUCUCACCCGAAGCCUGCAGGACGACGCCGAGGCGCCGACGGACCCCGGGCUGGGCGCCCUGCGCGGCGACGGCUACCUGCACCCUGUGAAAAAAUGGCCCAUGAGGUCAAGAUUAUACAUUGGUGCUACCGGACAGUUUCUGAAGCAUUCCGUCUCUGGAGAAAAAGCAAAUCAUAGCACUGCUCCAACAGACUCACAGCCUUAGGCUCUCUCUCCCCUGAUGGGGGCUGGAAGACAAUGGUGUCUAUUGUUUUUAAAAUAGUGUGAAAUAAUUCUGUAUUUAUUACAUCAGAUAUAACAAACAGCAUUUCUGAAAGUUUACAUUAUGAAUCCAUAGUUUGAUGUUCAGAUUUAUCUGUCUAAUCUAAAUGAAUGUGGAAUGAAAUAAUCAGUCUUGCAUA